AUGUCCCUCACAAAUGCCUCACCAGAAGCCGCCGCAAAAGCCGCAAAGACCUCGUCCCGGACCCUCGCGACGCUCUCCGUAGACGCACGAAAUUCGGCACUCGACGCAAUACACGAUGCAUUAUCGAAUGCGAGAGAAGAUAUCCUAGCCGCGAAUGCGACCGAUCUGGAACUGGCCAAGAAGUCGACUGAGAAUGGCGAACUUAAUCCGAGCAUUUACAAGCGAUUGGAUUUGAGCAGGAAGGGGAAGUUUGAUGAUAUGUUGCAGGGGAUUAAGGAUGUGAGGGGGUUGGCGGAUCCUGUCGGCAGAGUCGACCUCCACACCGAAUUAGACGACGGCCUCAUCCUCCAACGGCAAACAUGUCCCAUCGGCGUGCUCCUCAUUAUCUUCGAAGCUCGCCCAGAAGUUAUCGCCAACAUCGCCUCCCUCGCCAUCAAGUCUGCCAACGCAGCAAUCCUCAAGGGCGGCAAGGAGUCGACUGAGUCUUUCAAAGCCAUUGCGACGGUCAUCUCCAAAGCACUGGAAUCGACCCAAGUACCCAACGACUCUAUUCAACUCGUCACGACCCGCGAUGCUGUUGAUCCUCUACUGGAGCUUAGCGAGUACAUCGACCUGGUCAUCCCCCGCGGCUCGAACGAUCUCGUACGACACUGCCAGAGGAAAGCCCACAUGCCCGUUCUAGGCCACGCCGACGGUCUCUGCAGUCUAUACCUGCACCACGACGCCGACGCAAAGAUGGCCGUAGACGUCAUCGUCGACUCCAAAACAGACUAUCCAGCCGCCUGCAAUGCCCUGGAAACCCUCCUCGUCCACGAAGAUGCCCUCAGCAGCAUCCUCCCAGCGGUAGCAUCGGCUCUGAUCUCCAAAGGCGUGACCCUGAAGUGCGACCCCAAAUCCAAGCAGGCCCUGUCUUCACUCCCAGAACAAACCCACAUCCAACCCUCCACCGAACAAGACUACUCGACCGAAUUCCUCGACCUCAUCCUCGCCAUCCGCACCGUCUCCUCCCCCUCGGAGGCAAUCGAGCACAUCAACACCCACGGCUCGCACCACACCGACGCCAUCCUCACCGCCUCCAAGCAAGUCGCCGACACCUUCCUCAACGGCGUCGACGCCGCGUGUAAAUUCUGGAACGCGUCCACGCGGUUCUGCGACGGGAUGCGGUUUGGGUUUGGCACGGAGGUGGGGAUUAGCACGAAUAAGGUGCAUGCGCGGGGGCCGGUGGGGUUGGAGGGGUUGACGAUUCAUGAGUAUAGGAUCAGUGGGAAUGGGCAGGUUGCGGCGGCGUAUGGGAGUGGGAGUGGGAAGAGGGCGUAUAAGCAUGUUAGGUUGCCUAUCAACUAG